GUAUUAUUUAUGUAAUCAUAAUUCUCGUCGAUGAGUUGAGAGUUAUUGUAAAUUUUAUUUUAAUUUGGUGAGCAUAAACCUUACACUUGAAUUGAACAUGAGCUGACAAUUUAAGAAAUUUCGAUAAAUUUCUUCUUUCUUAUUCACUCUAUUUCAGUUUUCUGGUCUUAUAAACCUGUAAAAUUGUGUUAACAAUUCAACAAGGGUUCUAAUUGUAUGUAGAUCAAACUAUAAUGUAUUGUGACAAUAAUUAUUUUAUACAAUCCAAAUAAAGCUACCAUUAAAGAAUAGCAUUACAAGAUAUGUUUAUACAUCUGUGUCUAAAUUGAUAUGGUUACAGUGAUAAGGUCAACAUCAUUGACCGUGCAAGGUAAUGGGCAAACCUAAAUAGUCAACUUAAAUGUACCUUGACCAAUUUGAUGUUUAUUAUGUGCUAAUAAUAAAAUCAUUGUUUUUAUCAUCACCAUUUCAAUAGUAAUGAAUGUGUCCAUCAACAAGUGAACAUACUUGAUGAAAUCUCUUCCUAUCCAUCGCCAUAAACAUUAUCAGUGCCAUUUCCUUUUUCCUUCCAGUUCCAAUUCAUUCCGAUUCACUGGUUUGAUGAGCUAAGGUUACUCAUGAUCAUUAUUAUGACUAUUACAAUUUGACGACCUUAAAACUCUUGAUCCCAUAAAAAUAGUUUCAAUUUCGAAAUGCGAAUCUAAAAAGUUGUUACUUUAUAGUCUCUAUACUCUAACCACAACAUGCAGCAGCUUCAACUGUUUAUGUUUACAUUCCACGAAAGAAGGACUGUCCAACUUACUUUCGACUCUUCUUUUGCCAACACAGUUUACUUUUGGUGACCAAAAAUAACCCAAACCUAAUAGUGACUUUAUAAUUUACAUCAACCAGUCGUUAUUCAUCAAUCAUCAAUCCAUUUAUUGGUACAAAAUCAUCAAAUAUUUUCCUCAUUUAGUGAUCAAUACUCAAUGUGCAUUGUCAAUUGUUGAAACUAUAACUCAACUAUGUUACUAUUUUUCACUUUUGAUCGUUUUCCCCAUUUUCUCAUCAAUAUGUGUCUUCACCAUCUUUCACCGUAAAUGGCUAUCCUACAAAAGUUAGAAUCAAUUGACCAAUGGACUACCAUUGGAAUAUAAUUUUAUAAGAUUUGUGCGUAUCUGUGAAAGCAUCAAGCUACACUCUUCAUAUACUCAAAGACUAAUCAAUUUUGGAUUUGCUGUUCUUUAUAACCACAAAUCUCAAUCAAAAAUGUAUAUUAAAGUCAACUUUGUACUCUCUUUUUGUAUAACGAUAACAAUCAUCUGUGUUAAUAAGCUGGUUUGGGCUGGAGAUAAAUUUGUUGAAUCCAACACAAUUGUGGUACAAAAUGGGAAUGAUGGAGGUGACGAUGAUCAUGAUGAAGAGUCUUCCAUAAUUUACACACCCAUUCCCAUUCCGAUUCCAAUGAAAUUAAAAAAGUCAAUUGUCAAUCCAAGCUACUUAUAUCCAAUCCAUCAAGAUCCAUCCAUGCCAAGCUACCGGAUGACUCAACGAUCAAUUAUUCAUGUACCAUCACCAGCUCCCAAUUUACAGCCAACACCAAAUAAUUUUUACAGUAGAUUUCGAACGGUUCCACCGACUCAUUAUGCACUUCCACCAAGCUACAAUGACCGUCUUCCCAUGCCUAUUCAUCCAUCUUCUAACGAGCGUCAAUCUUCACAAUCCUCUCAAGCUCAACCUCCACCUCCACCUCUUGUCCUUUCAUCACCUAUUCCACCUCCUUUACCUUUAUCUGGACCAGUCCCAACAGGUCCACCGAUGCAUUUAUCUCAAUCACGUCCAUCAGUAUCAACCAAUUCACCUUCAUUUUUCCCUCCAAUUCAACCGAUACCAAGUGUAGCUCAAGUAUCUGAUGAUCGUGAUAAUCGUUAUUUCAGCUUACACGAACCUUGGCCUCCAGCAUAUACUAAUACCAACGGAGACAAGAAUACAAUUAAAAUGACAACGUCAACUGAAGUUCAGAAUGAUGGUAACUCGGAGGUUCUCCCAGAGGAUGAACGAAAUCCAAAUAACAAUGCUAAUAACAACAACAUGGCUGGUCCUGACGAUGGUCGAAAUGGCUUAGUUGAUUAUCCACCAGCAGAUCAAGAUUAUGGUCAAAAUUAUCAAGCCAAUUAUGAUAGGCCAGACUAUCCUGCCAAUACUGAUUACCGAGAAGAUUAUCAAGCAAAAGCUAAUAAACCUGGAGGUGAUGGAGUGACCGAAACGGUAGAUGAAGGAAAUGGAGGUGGAAUUGAUGACGAUUAUUAUCAAGAUUAUCAAAAUCCCCGUGAUUAUAAUGAUUAUCAGGGUAAACAAGUUGAGAAUGAUGUUGCACAGCCAAAUCUGAACUAUCCAUCAGACUCACAGGAGGUUGUUAACUAUCAUAACCAGGAUGCAAAUGAUUAUCAAGCUGGUGGGCAAGAACCGGUUUAUGGUGAUGGUUAUCCAGCUAAUGAAUUACCUAAUCAGUCUAAUGAACAAAAACAAAACAAUUAUGAAGAGGGGAACCAUCAAUCAUCUCAAUCAACAUCAUUACCACCUUCACCACAAACAGAUUACACUCAAGAUUAUGCUGAUGAUUAUUAUUCAUUAGGUAAUGGCCAAGGCACGAGCAAUGAACAAACAGAUGUAAAUAAUAAUCAAAUAGAUAAUCCGGAUAAUAACGAAGAGGAUGAAAACCAGAGAAAUGACAAUGAGAGAUUUGACCAAUUGUCUCCUAAACCAUUGAACCAGUUUACCAAAGAGUCAACACCAAUUCCAGACCGACCAAUGGAUUAUCCUUACUCAAGCGAUGGUUAUAAUGAACCAUCGAUGAGUCCAUUUGAAUCUACACCAAUGGUUACCAUUCCAUUGAAUCCUGGAACCGAACCAGGAGUUCGCCCUCUUCCUGAUCAAAUAAAUGAGUUUGAUUUGACUGGAGAUCCUUAUCUGGACAAUUAUGGACGAUCUAUGAGAGACAAAUCACAACCAAACUCCAUGGAGAAUCACAUUAAUCAAAUUAAUGAUGGAGAUUAUGGUAAACGCAAUCAACAAUAUCAUUUUAAUAAUGUUAAAGAUUCUUCCUCUCGACCAAAUGAUUAUCCACUUUCAAAUGAUCAACAAAAUGACGAUUCAACUCCUCCAGCUCAAUCCAAUUAUAACAAUGAUUGGCCGAUGGAAAAUGAUUAUUAUCAACAAAAUCGACAACCAAUGAUUUCUCAAUCAGCUCAACCUCCAUCAUUACAAUCACCUUCAUCUCCAUCACAAUUAGAUUCAAACAGAGAAUUGGAUAGUCCAAUUGAUCGUUAUGAUCCCGAAGAUUGGGGACAGUAUUAAUUUAUUAUAUAAAGUAAAUAUUAAUAUGAAAAGUAAAAUAAUAUUUCAAAAAAUCAUUAUUUCAACAAAUUUAAUCGACUAAGAAUUGUACCAAAGUAAUAUUUGUGUUUUUAUCAAUACAAUUAAUUUAAUUGACCAUUAAAUUUAAAUAUUUUUGUUUUA